ACUUGUCCCAAGAUAACUAUUCACAUUACUGCCUUUAUCCUCUCACUUGCUCACAGCCAGAGUACAAAGCUUGGAACCAUGAUGAAAUUAUAUCUGUUUCUGCUCCUGACAUUUUGCUGCUUGAUAUCAGUUUUUGCUGAAUGCCCAACCUGUGCCGAUGACCAAACCUGCAAUAAUUCCACAGAAAAAUGUGACUGUAUUAAAUCAUUGUAUAAUGUAACAGCAAACCCUCCAACUCCAAUCAUUGAGUGUACUAGCGGAAAAUUGAAUCUGUAUGUUUCCAAAUGCCAGCUAGAGGUAAACCAUUAUAUGUCAUCUAAUGUUCACUUGAAUAAUAUGAGUUGUGUGGGGAUGGAUGACAUUAAGAAUACAACUGCUCAGGUUGCCUUCCACCUGGAACUGAAAAAUGGAGAAUGUGGGACCAAUGUAGAGGUUAAAAAUGAUCUAAUUAUUUACUCAAACACACUGUACAUUAGUGCCAAACAAAGUGGACUUAUAGUAUCCAGAAAUAACGUCACCAUAAACUUCUCAUGUGUAUUUCCACAAAACAGCACUGUUUCUUCUAAUGUCACCUUAAAGCCAAAGUUAGGGACAACCCAGUUAGUUUCCCCUGAAGGCAAUGCAGUGUUUACUAUAGCUAUGGCAGUUUACACAGACAAUCAGUUUACUAAAAUGGUCACCAGUGACACUGUGCUCAAAGUGGAAGAUGAUGUUUAUGUCUCCGUUUUGAUACCAAGCUUGGAUGCUGAAGAGUUUGCAGUAAAAGUGCUCAGACUCUAUGCUACUGGAACUAAUGACCCUGCCUCAUCACCCAUAUAUCUGAUUGUUGAUGGGUGCCCAAAUGCUGAUCUUGAUGCUAAUAUUUUUACCAUCAUCAAGAAUGGGAUGACUAAUGAAGCCAGAUUCAUAAUGAAAGUCUUCAAGAUAUCAGGAUAUGACACAGUCAACCUUUUUGCUGAUGUUACAAUUUGUGAAAAUAACUGCACAUCGGACUGCAGUGGUGGCAAAUCAAAUCAGGAAAAACAGGCACAGAACAUUGCAACAGUCCGUGUAGACGAAUUAAUUGCAGAACCAAGACUAGAUUCUGGAGCAUUAGACCGUUUUUCAAUGCCCUGGACCCUGAGUUCUCUGCUUAUGUCUCUGCUCUUUAUAAAACUUGUGUAAUUGGAUUACAUACAAAUUUGACCCUGAACCAUUUGGAGAUCAAAAGGGGGGGGGGGGCAUAUUUUUGUUAGUUUAAGUUACUUCAUGAUCAACUUACUUAUUGUAUGUAUGAAUUUAAAUUACCCACUAUUCAGGCCUUCUAUUCCUUCUAAUACUAAGUAAUUGUAACAAAGUGCACCUUAAGUUUCUUUCUGGCCAUCAAACAUACCAUAUAACAAAAGGUUGCUGAAUUCUUUAAAGGGACAGUAUACACCAAUUUUCAUAUAACUGCAUGUAAUAAACACUACUAUAAAGAAUAAGAUGCACAGAUACUGAUAUAAAAAAACCAGUAUAAAACUGUUUAAAAACUUACUUAGAACAUCUCAGUUUAGCUCUGUUGAAAAGGUAGGUGGAAAGCCCACUGCAAGUGGGAAAUAAGACCCUCCCCCUUCUUUUGCAUAUGAUAAGACCCUUUACACAAACAGGAGCAAGCUGGAGUAGGUAGCUGACGGUAUUCUCAUAAAACUUUGGAGCUUGGUUAUGAGUCUGAAAAUCAGAGCAAUGUUAUUUAAAAUAAGAAAAACUAUAUAUUAAAAAAACAACAACAAAAAAAACAACUUUAUGGGCUAUAUAAACAGAUCAUCUACAAAACAUUUAUGCAAAGAAAAAAUGAGUGUAUAAUGUCCCUUUAAUUUAUUUUAUGAGUAUUCCUCUGGUUUGUAUUUCUUUAUAACACAAUGUAUCAAAGCUGUGAUCUAAUAAAUUUCUGAGCAAUUA